ACGGCCGACGGAACGACAAGACUGUCUGAUUUCCUUGUCCUUGUCCAAGGAUUACUUGGAUGCCCAGCCUCGGCUACUGCUUGGCUGGCUCGGGCCCGUCGUCUAGAACGAACAUCGAGACUGACGAAGCCAAACGCGAGAAUCUCAUUGAGAUUUUAA